AUGUCACUGGAUACGUUUGAAUCGCAAUAUUUUGAAAAAAAGCCUUUACAUGUGCGUAAAGUGGACAAGGGCGUGUUGUUUACUAGUGAUCUCUUUUCACGCAAGAAACUGAUCAAGAUUAUGGAGAAGGAGUCGCGUAGCAUGAGGUUUGGUACAGAUUUGACCGUCUGUCGAUACAUUCAGUCGAAACGACAAGACUUUCAUGGUGACGACUCGAAUGGACACGCAACGAGUCGACAAGUGGCGAAUCUUUUGGAUAAAGGAUAUAGCUGCCAGUUUUAUCAACCGCAACGCUAUGUCGAUGGACUUUACGAACUCAAUGCAGCUUUUGAAGAGGUUUUUGGUGGCCUGGCUGGUGCCAGCGCGUACUUAACACCUGCGAACUCGCAGGCACUGGCACCGCAUUACGAUGAUAUUGAAGCGUUUGUUCUGCAAACACAAGGACGUAAGAAGUGGAAGCUUUAUCAUCCAUCAGUGGAACUUGCGGGUGAACAUAGCACAGAUCUUGCAGUUGAUCAGCUUGGUGAACCAUGGAUGGAAUUGACGGUAGAGGAAGGUGAUUUACUGUACUUUCCGCGUGGUGUUGUUCAUCAGGCGUGUACAGACCAGGAACAGUUUUCUACGCAUGUGACGAUCUCUGUAUACCAACACAACACGUGGGCUAACUUCAUGGAGGUAGCGCUGCCUCGCGUCAUCCGUCAAGCCUUUGAUUCAAACGUUGCAUUUCGCAAGGGACUCCCUCUGCGGUACCUGGGCUACAUGGGAACGCAGUUCCCACCGGAUUCUGCAAAGGCAAAGGAAUUUACAGCAACUUUUAGGAAACUACUGGGCCAGCUUGUGGCGCAUGUAGGAGACAAAGACUUGCAGGAGGCUUCUGAUAUGGCAGCACUGGACAUGCUAGCCAACCGUCUCCCACCGCCUGGCGAGACGAAGGACGACGAAUCCAGUCCUAGCCCACUUGAUGACAACGUCACCAUUCGUUUUAAGAACCGCUCGCAUAUUCGCUUGUCGAUGGGUGAAGAUGAGAUGAAAGAGGCUUUUGUUGCGGUCUACUUUUCGCAGCACAACUGCAGGCGACAUCACAUGGGCUUAUGCACAUGCGAUGGCGGGGACGGGGAAAGCAAGGAGGACGUUGAAGACGACGACAGCGGCGACGCUGGCGAGGAUGCAGAAAAUGGCAGCGUUGAAGGAUGA